GCAGCAGCAGCAGCAGCAGCGGCAGCAACUUGUAGGCAAACAGGAAAUAAGAAAUAAUUGAAUAUUCAAAGUACGUGCGACCCCACACACAAAAGUUGUUCGCACUGGCCGAUCCAAGCAAGAAUAAGAAUUAUAAUAAUAAUUACAAUCAUAAGCAGUGGCUGAGGAUGGCCACUGGCAGCAAUGAUAUGCCAGACCAUCGAAAGCGCAACACCUUCACCAGCUACGUGGCGCCCAUGGCUGGAGAUGUGCGCGCCACAGCCGAUACGAAUGAAUGGUGCCUGCCCAGCGAUUUGCGUGAUGUGCACUUGGCCACGCCUCAACUGCUGGUCGGCGAGCAGAUCGUUGCCUCAGCGCCCGCCUACAUGUACUCGCCAAUAGCGCCAAUGGAAGGUGUCGGCGGCAACACCAGCAGCAACAAUGCUAACACCAGCAACGGCAACGGAAAUGGGAAUGGCAAUGGCAAUGGCAAUGGCAAUAGCAGCAGCAGUGGCAACGGCCACCGCCAGAGAUACAGCAGAGGUGGCCACAAGGAGGCCACCUUUGGCCUGUUGAGUGUAACCAAUUUUAAGCUGGCCUUUGUGCCCUUGCAUGGUGGCCAUGGCACGCUGUCGGCGCCGUUGGCAAGCGAUCUGUAUCAGAAGAACGCCUAUUUGGGUCGCAACGAGGUCACGCUGAACAACAUCGAUCAGAUAUAUACGAUUGCCGAGCAGGGCAGAGCAGCCAGCGCGCUCCAAGCAGCGCGCAUGACUAGCACGAGCAGCCGACGAAAAAAACUGGAGCUCGCCAAGCAGAACAAUCUAAACGGCCGGAUCGUGGCAUUGCAUAUAAUAUGCAAGAACUUUCGCCUGCUCAAGUUUGCGUUCCAGCAGCAGGACUCGAAGCUAAGUGGAGCUAGUGAUUAUGUCAAGCUAAUUGCCUCGGCGCUGGCUCGUUUCGCCUACCCGAUGCGACACGACCUGAGCUUCGCCUAUGCGUAUCGGGAACCCUACUAUUCCACGCUGCUCGGCGUCAGCAUGUACGCCAGCAAGAACGAUUGGGCACGCGAGCUGAUACGCUGCGGCGCCACUGAAUGGCAGGUGAUCAGCGCCAGCUCCGUGCCGCUGCUCCAGAAUCGUCUGCAGGCAAGCAAGUACACGCUGCCGCCACACUUUGUCAUACCCAAGUGCUGUGAGGUGGAGCGUUUCCUGCAGUUGUCGCUGGCCUUUUGCGAUUCACGUGCCGCCUUCUGGGUGUACAGCUAUGGCAGCAGCGCUGCCUCCCUGGUGCGUAUGGCCGAGCUGCAGCCGAGCUCGCAGCAGGAUACCAAGCUGGAGAACAUUAUGCUGGAGCUGGUGCGCAAGUGUGAUGAGCGGAAACAGCUGAAGCUGAUCCAGCUAACUGACCAGCUGCCCAGCACGCAGGAUGUGCAGCGGGCGUAUCACAAGCUGCGACGCCUCUGUACGCCCGAAACGCCGGAGAAAUUCAUGCUGCAGGACGACAAAUAUCUGGGGCUGCUCGAGAAGACUAACUGGCUGCUAUAUGUUUCGCUCUGCCUGCGGAAGGCCUCGGAAGCGGCUGCCACGUUGCGUGCCUCUGUAACCUGUGUGCUGCAGGAGUCCAAUGGCCGGGAUCUGUGCUGUGUGAUUAGCAGCUUGACCCAGCUGCUACUCGAUCCGCACUUUCGCACCAUCGACGGUUUCCAGUCGCUGGUGCAAAAGGAAUGGGUCGCCUUGGAGCAUCCGUUCCAGCGCCGGCUGGGCCACGUUUAUGUUUCCCACUGCGAACAGGCGCCGGACAGCGAACAGAGUCCCAUCUUUUUGCUAUACCUCGACUGCGUGUGGCAGCUGCUCCAACAGUUUCCGGAUGAGUUUGAGUUCUCGCAAACUUAUCUGACAACGUUGUGGGAUGCCUGCUUUAUGCCCAUUUUUGAUACCUUCCAGUUCGAUAGCCAUGCUCAGCGAGCGCGUGCCGUCAGCGAGGGACGUCUGGUGCUGCGGCCCGUUUGGGAUUGGGGAGAGCAGUUCUCCGACAAGGAUAAGAUGUUCUUCACCAAUCCCCUCUAUCAGCGUCAGCGAGGAGAUUUGGCUGCCAAUCAAAAUUAUCGACGCUCCUUGGCCGUGGGCGGUCACAAUAAGCUGCUGACAACGACUAGCGCCGGCGGCGCCUUGGCAACAUCGUCUCCAUCACGUUACACCAUCAAUCCGCAGCUGUUUGCUACGCAAUCCAGUGUGCCGCAAGAUCGUUACCUGCAGCCGGCGCAUCGCAUACUCGAUCUGUCCGUGUGGGAUCAGUGCUACUACCGUUGGCUCCCCGUGCUGGACAUACGUGGCGGUGGACAGCCGCAGGUGGAUCUCUUUUAUCGCCUGAUGCUGAGCAACAUAGCCAAGGCGCAGCGCUGCAUCGACCUGCAGAGCUUUGAUGAGCUGCCCGAUGCCUACUACGAGGCGAUGGGCGAGCAACGACCCAGCCAGCAGCAGCAACGGGAUCAGGAUCAGCGCCAGCAAGAGGACCCAGUGGAGUAUGUGGAUGGCGUGGAGCGAAGACGUAAAUCGACACCAGGCGCCGGAGGAGGAGCAGUAGGAUCGACUGCUAAUGGCCUGCAUGUGGUCAAUGGCGGGCCAUUGCAGCUCUCGACGCUCUCUUCAUUCUUUCCAUUCGGCAGCCCCAUUGCGGGCGAUGCGCCCCACGAGCUCUACGACAUCCUCAGCAGCAGCACUGAGCUGCUACUGGACACAUCCUCAAUUCUGGACAAGCUGUCCAUUGUAUGAGCCGUGCUGCAGCGUUCUACAACAGCUACAGCCACAGCUAUCGACUACUCGCUACUUGCUAAUCGUUACUCGCUGCUCGAUCUAACGAGAAGCAACAACGCAAAAGCUCGCUUUGCGCAAACCUUGUUCCAAUUUGCUAUUGCUGGUUAUUUUUGAAAAGCUGAACUUUAGAAGUAUUACAAAUCUACUUUUUUACAUAACUA